AUGAUGGGAAGCAACAACCCCGGCGGCGCAGGGGGAGGGGGAGGGGGAGGGAUGGCCCCGGGCACGGGGGGCGGCGGCAGCGACGGGCGGCACGACGACGAGGCCGUGCUCACCGACUUCCUCUCCUCCCUCAUGGACUACAAUCCCACGAUCCCGGACGAGCUCGUGGAGCACUACCUCGGCCGAAGCGGCUUCCACUGCCCCGACCUACGCCUAACAAGGCUGGUUGCUGUAGCUGCUCAAAAGUUCAUUUCAGACAUUGCAAGCGACUCUCUUCAGCACUGCAAAGCCAGGGUUGCAGCACCUAUCAAAGAUAACAAGAGCAAACAACCAAAGGAUAGACGUCUUGUGUUGACAAUGGAUGAUCUUUCAAAAGCCUUGCGUGAGGUAAACCAUUUUCUAUUACAUAUGAGUUUUUAUUCUAUGCAACAGGACACCCUUUAUUACAUUUGUUCUCAUGUUUGA